AUGUGGUGCUUUCUUUUGGCAUUUGUUUCUCUGUUGUUGUUGUCCUCCAUCCAAGGAGGCACAGCAGAGCAGUGUGGGAGGCAAGCAGGGGGUGCUCUGUGUCCAGGAGGGCAAUGCUGCAGCAAGUAUGGGUGGUGUGGCACUGCACCUGAUUACUGCAGCACUGGUUGCCAAAGCCAAUGUGGCAGCGGUGGUGGUGACGGUGACAUUGGUAGCCUUGUGUCACGUAACACCUUUAAUCAGAUGCUUAAGCAUAGGAAUGAUGGUGGUUGCCCAGCUAAGGGGUUUUAUACCUAUGAUGCUUUCAUUGCAGCUGCCAAGUCCUUCCCUAACUUUGCUAAAACUGGAGAUGCUGCCGCCCAAAAAAGGGAAAUUGCUGCUUACUUAGCCAUGAAACUACAGGGCAUGACCAGUGUCAAUUUUUUGAUACAAUUUGCUACCAUUUUCAUUUCAUACAAACUAUAUGGGGUUGGGCAAGUGCACCUGAUGGACCAUAGUCUUGGGGGUAUUGCUAUCUCAAGGAACAAAACCCUGGAUCUUAUUGUGCCUGGGAUCCUAAUUACCCGUGUGCUGCUGAAUAAUUAUGUGUAUUUGGACUAUAGGAACCACAACCAUGGACAGUGUGGAAAAGCAAUAGGGGCGGACCUGUUGACCAACCCAGACCUAGUUGCUACAGACCCUGUUAUUUCAUUCAAGACAGCACUCUGGUUCUGGAUGACCCCUCAGUCACCCAAGCCCUCAUGCCAUGAUGUGAUCACCAGGAGAUGGAACCCGUCUGGAGCCGACAAGUCAGCGGGUACCGGUUACGGGGUCACUACAAACAUCAUUAACGGUGGACUUGAAUGUGGUAAGGGCUGGAAUGCUAAGGUGGAGGAUCGCAUUGGGUUUUAUAAGAGGUACUGUGACUUGCUUGGAGUUGGCUAUGGCAACAACCAGAAGCCUUUUGGGUCCGAUCUCAAUGUUAUUCAAUUGCCUGAAAUUUUUUGUACCCAAUAG